UAGAAAAAAAAACUAGAGGUCAGGAGAAAAUAAAAGAAAAAUUUACUAAUUAUAAAAAAAUUGUCUAAUUUAAAUUAGAGGGAGAGAAGUAAAAAGAGAAAGAGGAAGAGUAGAAAGUGGAUAAGAAAAAAUAUAAAAGUUGGAUCUUAUGUUAUCUACAAUUCCAAAAGAAUGACAUGAAGGAGAUGGAUAAAGAUGGAGGAAAAUAAUAAGAAUAAGAAUAAAAUAAAGAGUAAGAGGACGUUGGAUUGAAGGAGGGACUGGUCGAGUGUGUACUGGACUGAGUACUGAGUACUGAGUGUGCAUACUCUUGAGAUGGCAAAGAAUAGUUGGCACACUUGCUUCUUGCUACGAUGCUACCGUCUACUUACUGCUACUUUUCAGGUUAGAUGCCUGUCCGUACGGGUCACAAAGCCGUUAUCCAGUUAUCAAGUUAUCCAGUUAUCCAGUUUAUUAGUUAUUGGUUAUCAGUUAUUAUCAAUUAUCAGUUUAUUGGAAGCAUCUGAACUGGAAUUACAUUUAAAUCGUGCUGUGCUAGUGCCCAAGAUAAAUCCCAAGUGAUUUAACAAAACAAUCAGCUAACUGUCAUCAAUCAAACUGAUGAUUACCUUAAACAAUAACGAGCCCUUCUGAACGAGGAUACUAAUUACCACUAGUUCCAAGUGUUCAACUCAAGGAAUCAUCACAACAAACCAUCCCAAGUUCAUGGCAAGCAAAAAUCUGAUCAUCACGUUUGAUCAUCAACUUGAAAUCAGGAUUCCUACCAAUCAAAAUUCAUUUAAAUCCGCAGAUAACUUCACCAAAAGUUAGCUUUUGUGCUACCAAAUCCAGUGAUAUAGAUGUUUCCAUGGUUCCAAUCAUCUCCAAUCAAAACACCAUUGGAAUCCAUCAAAUCACCUGGUUUCCAUUGAUGAUUAUCAGGAUUUUGAACCGUCAAAGUUUAUCUACACCUGGAACAAAGUUAGUCCCGUGGUAGGAAGCAAAAAAAAACGAUUGUUCUAAUCACCAUUUGUGCUAGGUGCCGACUCCAGCGUUGCACAGGGUGAAUAAUAGUACUUUUGACGUGUUUUAUCGUCAACAAAUAGAGGAUUACGAGUGAUGGUGUUAUAAACAGUGUGUGUUGUGAUCAGACAGUGGUAAAAUGCUACGUCAUCGAGUACGUCGGCGUUUCAAAGUGUCUGAAUAGUGGUUCUAAGUGGACAAUAAAUAUAUUUAUUAUUAGUUUGUUAUUGAUUUAUUGUAAUUAUUUGAAUAUUUAAUGGCCACGGCGUUAUAAAGGCCGUCAAAGUGGCUUCGUCACUGGGUCUACAGGGGCCGUCAGCGCCUAUCGGUGCCCAAUUAUUGGCAUCAUCUGCGUCCGCGGCCUCAACAAGCAAUUUGACCAAUUCGUUGAUUAACUGCGAUGAUGAUAUUAUACCGAGUUAUCACGGUAAUUUAUUGACUGGUGUUAAUAAUACCAUUGUAGCGACAUUACAGAAUAGUAAUAAUAAUAUUAAUAGUGGUAAUAGUGGUAAUUGUGGUGGUAAAUCUUCGAAUCCGGCGGGAUUUAAGCCCGGAACGAUGCAGGCCUCGGCUGCAGAGGCCAAUUCUUUGGAUCUGCAAGCGAUGCAGUCUAUGGACUGGUUGUUUAAGAAGGAGAGGAUUUAUCUACUUGCUCAAUUCUGGCAACAGAGGGCGACAUUAGCAGAAAAAGAAUUAACAGCGUUAAAAGAAAAGUACGCGGCGAGUGAUAAUUCAAAGACUGAGGGACAGUUGCCCCAAAAUGCAUUACCCAGUACUGAGCAUAAUUCCACUGAAAGUAAUUCAAGGAGAUCACCGAACAACCUGGAUAACGAGCUACAGGCCAAAGAAAAAGAGAUUAACCAAUUGGUAGAAGAAGUAACGAGGUUACAACAAAACUUACAAAGACUUCAAGAAACAAGUGCUGCGACCACAGCACGGCUUGAAGAAGAGCUCGAGUCCCGACGACAGCAAAUCAACCGACUGGAAGCAAAGCUUGACCGGCAGCGUGACUACGAUGAUCUUAAGCGCGAAAUAAGUGUUCUGCGUUCGGUUGAUCUCUCACAGAUUCCCACGGGGGAACCGGGCAAGAGUCUCGAACACUUGCUGAUGGAGCGAAGCAAAGCUCUCCAGCAGGCCGAGACCUUAAAGCCGUCGACUACACCUGAUACCGUCGGUGGACUCGCUUCGCCCCUGCAUCGCGCCUCGACCGCGUCACCCCACGUCACGGGAGGUGUUGGUAUUGGUAGUGUUAGUGGUGGAAGAAGUACAACACCUGCAUCCAUAACUGGAACCCAUCCAUCGACCACAUCAACAUCAACUCGCCUAACUCCAACGCCAACUGGCGCCCAAAGUAUCCUAUUUCCACCACCGCUCCAAAAUGUUGAGACCUUUGGUUCAUUUUUGGGCGAAGAGAUCGUUGCCAAUUGGCGUCGAUCUCUCGAACGUUCGAUAAUGAGCCAGCAAACAAAUUCCUCGACCUUAACCUCGACCACAUCGACCUCUGUGGCCGUACAAUCCUUAAAUAUUCAGCAGAGUACCCAAUCCACCAUUGGCGCCCAACCAAUAGCUACAAUAGCAUCUACACAAGUUAAUAACGCAGCAAUACAAUCAUCAAAUCAUCAUCUACCGUCUCCGUCAACAGAUCCAGUAUCAUCAGCAUCAACGACGUCAACAUCCACCUCGAUCAACCCAGCGCCAGCUAAGUCAGUAACUCCAAUCACCAGCUGUGUUAUUGAUGCGUCUGAAAAAGCUCCAACGCCCAUUCCGGGUCACGAGACUCCAGCUCCACCGACACCCACUUCAACAGGUGCACUGACAUCUCCAUCAAGUCUUAUGCAGCCUUCAGCAAUCUUAGAAGGCAACAGCAUCAGUAGUCUCAGUCAAAUGAAUGGCUCAUUGAUCAUGGCGCCCAAGAGUCCCGAUGAGUGUCACAACAACAAUAAUAACAACAGCCAUCAUCUGACAAACAAUAACAGUAUUGGACUGAGUGUCCUUGACACACUUAAGUCACCAUUUAGGUUUGAUGAUCGUAACCAUCCGUUCCGAUUCGGCGACGAGUUUGGGGCUGCAGGCAUGGCUGGCCGUCUUGGAGAAUCUUUAAUACCAAAAGGUGAUCCCAUGGAGGCACGUCUCCAAGAAAUGCUGAGAUACAAUAUGGACAAGUAUGCCAGCCAAAACUUGGACACUCUACAUAUCGCAAGACGAGUGCGCGAGUUGCUGUCAAUACACAAUAUUGGGCAGCGAUUAUUUGCCAAAUACGUACUGGGUCUUAGUCAAGGAACCGUUAGUGAGUUACUGAGUAAACCUAAACCUUGGGAUAAACUUACGGAGAAGGGACGUGACAGCUAUCGUAAAAUGCACGGAUGGGCAUGCGAUGAGAAUGCCGUACUGCUACUCAAGUCCUUGAUACCCAAGAAAGAUUAUGUUUCAGGGAAAGAACAAGGAAUCCCAGCAUUCGCACGUGGGCCAACGGAGGGUGCGCCGACGGACAUUAAUGACGAGCGAAUUGCCCAUAUGCUCAAUGAGUCGAGUCAGCAUCUACAACAUCUGUCACGUGAGCACGAUACCUCGAAUGACGCUGACAGUAAGAGUCCUAGUCGAUUAGGAUGCCCGAGUCCCUUCGGCAAAGACAGGUACGACAGCCAGAAUCGUCGAAUCAAAAAGUACGAAAAUGAUGACAUUCCCCAAGAAAAAGUUGUGAGGAUUUACCAAGAGGAGCUGGCUAAAUUGAUGGGUCGUCGUGUUGAUGAUCUGCGCGGACCACGUGAUUUCGCGCCCAGUGCGAUGUUUUCACAUUUUUUCAGCGCGAACCAGGGUCUCCAGGGUAUGGAACGCACCCAAGAUGACAUUAGAAUGGCCUUGGAUGCGUACCACCGUGAGCUGCAGAAGCUCAACGCCGCACCUGGUCAAAAUGCCACGCUGACGGGCAUCCCUGGUCUGCCAACACUCCCAGGUCUUCUGGCUCUUCACCAGCAAGCGCUCCACCAAAACCACCUGUCAUCCAAUGGGGCAGGAGUCCAAGACCUGAGUCUUGGCAAAGUAGACUCACGUACUAAGCUAAUGAAUGGAGUCUCAGAGGAGGAGAAAGAGAAGAUGGAGGAAGCAAUGCGGCAUGCGGGCAGCGCGUUUUCUCUUGUCCGACCUAAACAGGAACCUGGGACUCAAUCAACUCCUGGGGGAUCUAGUGCCAGCUCACCGCUUGGCAAUUCUAUUCUUCCACCAGCAAUCAAUCCAAGUGAGGAAUUUGCUGGUGCAGCAGCUGCGAGUCCUCUACAGCGAAUGGCAUCGAUCACCAACAGUCUGAUCAGCCAACCGUCCACCCAGACCCACCAUUCAUCAAACCAGCGGCCGUUGAAAGCCGUCUUGCCACCAAUAACGCAGCAGCAAUUUGAUCUUUACAAUAAUCUUAAUACCGAGGAUAUUGUUAAGAGGGUUAAGGAGCAAUUGUCACAGUAUUCCAUAUCACAGAGAUUGUUUGGCGAGUCCGUUUUAGGACUGAGUCAAGGAUCAGUCUCUGACCUUCUCGCUCGACCAAAACCCUGGCACAUGCUAACCCAGAAAGGCCGUGAGCCUUUCAUACGCAUGAAGAUGUUUUUGGAAGAUGAACAGGCAGUCCAUAAGCUCGUCGCAAGCCAAUACAAGAUAGCACCAGAGAAAUUGAUGAGGACUGGUGGCUACGGCGGCCUGCCUCGUAAGUUUAACUCAGCUUGUGGAACGCCAAUGAAGCCGAUGCCACCGACUAAGCUGGUGCAGGAACAACUGCAGAAUGCUGCCAAGGCCCAGGCAGCGGCAGCGGCUCAAGCUGCGGCCCAAGCAGCAGCUCAGGCAGCUCAGCAUGAGCAGCAGAUGCAGUUGGGACCACCACCGAAUCAACAACAUCCUCAACCACCUCCGCCAAUGAUGCUGACGCCUACGAGUCAUCAUCCGCAUGUCCAGCUGACUAUGGAGCUGCAGAAGAAGCAAGUGGCUCAGCAGCAACAGCAAAUGGGUCUGCACUCACCACAUCAAAUGACUUCGCCUCUACGCAGUCUCCAUCCACACAUAUCUCCAAGUGUCUACGAAAUGGCAGCGCUUACCCAGGACUUGGACACACAGACCAUUACUACUAAAAUUAAGGAAGCGUUGCUAGCUAAUAAUAUUGGUCAGAAGAUCUUUGGUGAAGCCGUACUAGGUCUUUCCCAAGGCUCGGUCAGUGAGUUGCUCAGUAAACCAAAGCCUUGGCACAUGCUGAGUAUCAAGGGUCGCGAGCCUUUCAUACGCAUGCAACUUUGGCUCUCGGAUGCUCACAAUGUCGACAGACUCCAAGCACUGAAAAACGAGAGACGCGAGGCCAACAAACGAAGACGCAGCAGUGGACCAGGACACGACAACAGCUCUGACACAUCCAGUAAUGAUACUGCUGAGUUCUAUCACGCAGCGUCACCUGGACCAGGCCCACCAUCAGCUAAAAAGCAACGAGUCUUGUUUUCCGAAGAGCAGAAGGAAGCUCUUAGACUGGCCUUCGCAUUAGAUCCAUACCCCAAUGUUGCAACUAUCGAAUUCCUUGCCGGAGAGCUGGCGCUCUCGUCUAGGACCAUCACCAACUGGUUCCACAAUCACAGAAUGCGUUUGAAGCAGCAGACGCCUCACGGACAACCAGAGCCUCAGUCGCCACGUGAACCUGGACAGCCUUUUGACCCGGUUCAAUUCCGCCUACUUCUCAACCAAAGACUCCUCGAGAUCCAAAAGGAUCGACUGGGACUCGGGAACAUGCCCAUACCUUACUCCCCGUACUUUAACCCAAAUCUGGCCACUCUGAUGACCAAUGCCCUCAAGGAACAGUGUUCCGGAUUAGAUCUAUCCAUGGGUUCGUUGAAACGCGAACCAAAUCCAGAGUACGAGGACGAUGACGGAGAUGACGGAAUGAGCAACGUUGGCAGUGAGGACUCGGACGCUUCCGCGGGCAGCAUAAAACGCGAACCUGAUCUCAACCAACCACCUAGCACUCCCGCAACCGGUCGAUCCAGCCGUCGCAAGCCUGCAGCACCCCAGUGGGUAAACCCCGAGUGGCAGGAACCUGCGCGCACUGGAGACGAGGUGAUAAUAAAUGGCGUUUGCGUCAUGAAGACCGAUGACUAUGGAGUAAAAAGAGAGACCGAGGAGACUGUCCGCGUCGAGCCGACCCCCGUUCAGGACCGCUACGACGACGACGCAGCUUCCGAGGCAUCCUCAGUCUCAGCUAACGCGCCCGAACGCGAUGUCCCGACUCCUAGCCCUAGUCUCAAGUCCGGGCAGAACUCCCCGACUCAGUCUCCGCGACCGUUAGAGGUUAGCGCCGACAGUCCCAAAGAAGUUAAACACGAACCGGAAGAGACGUGGGACUACUAGAGGGUUCAUUAGCUAAGUAGUCUUGCCAAAAUGACGCUCCAAAAGUGAUUUUUAAUUUAGUACUAGCAAAGAUUUAUCGAUAUAAAUAUAUAUAAAUAUAUAUGACGUAUAAAUAUGUGUAAGUAGGAUUUUUUCAUGGCUAAGCCUGUUAGAUCCCUAAGUAACUUUAACUUUAACGAAACGAGUCCUGCCUACAGACUUAUUGGGCAUUAUCAAGCUAAAGUGAGAAAACUGCAUUAUCGACUGAUGGUAUAACUUUUUUUUUACUAAUCCGAUAGUUUCUUUGUAGAAGAGCUUAAUCAAAAGACUCUUGUAGUGUAUUAUAAUAAUGUCUUCCGAGCGGGCAACAGCGCGGUCGAUUAUUAAAUUACUGACCGAUUAAUCGGGAUUAAAUUACGCGUUAUUUAAUCAAAAGUUCGACGGGGGCGUGACCCAGUUCGAUACCAGUGCAAUGUCUUUUUUUUUUAGGUUAAAAAUUAAUGGGAUUCUACGAGGACCUUGAAGAAAAAAUUAUUAUAUUUUUUUUUCAACUGAUGGUAACUCGUGGAAUCUAAUUAAUUUUUGGUUAAAGUAUAAUUCGUUUUUUUUUUUUUCUUUGUAUAAAUGAUUAACGUGAUUUUUAAAAUGUUAUUGAUUAAUUAGAUUAUUAAGUCUGUUGAUGUUAUAUAUUUCUCAAUCCGCCGAUUUUAAAAUUAUUAUUAUUGAUUUUACUGAUAUAAUCAUUAUUAUUAUUAUUAUUAUCAUUAUUAUUAUUAUCAUUAUUACUAUUAUAAUUAUCAUUAUUAUUAUUAUUAUAAUUAUUAUUUUAAUCAUUUUUGAUUUAUAUUGUUCUUAUUACUGUUCUUAUUAUUAUUAUUAUUA